AUGUCGCGCCGGCUGUUCGCGAACGACGAUAUAAAGCUUGGCGAACCGAGCAUUCCACACCGAGACAACAGCCGUGCCAAAAUGUCGACGUUGGCAUCUGCACACAGCUCGAAUCAAGGCGAUCCCAUCGCCAAGAUUUAUCGCAUCACGUUCAAUUGGAUCGAGCCCAUCGCCGCUUUCUUGGGCGCCAUGGCUGCCAUCUUUGCGCCCAAAUUGCUCGCUCCCGCCACUCCGAACGCUUUCAAAGCGUACGAUGAGAGACUGCGUCCAAUCUUUGCUCAGAUUGGAGGAGGAUGGCUCAUCAUGGUCUUCAACGACUUCGUCACCUUGCGCAUCUUUCCGCGCAACAUUCUCGUCUGGCGCUGCAUCCUCGGGGCUGGCAUCUGCUCCGAUAUCGUCUACAUAGCAGUCAUCAUUUGGGAUCUGGGUUGGCAAAGGUUCUCCAAUCCCACCUUUUGGACGUGGGACGACGCUUUCACCAUCAUCUCUACCAUUGGUCCCUUUUUGCUCAAGAUCGCCUUUCAGCUCGGCAUUGGGGUCAAGCAGGAGAAAGCUGGCAAGAAAGACAAGUGA